GAGACUCUGAGCCCGAGGCCUGAGCGCGGGGGCGUGCCAAGACCCCAGGCCGCAUGGCGCAGAAACCGAUCAGCACGGCUGCGGCCGAGCGCAUGAACCUCGUGGCCCAGGAUGAGAUCUGGAAAUAUCGCCUGAAGGCUGAAAAUGAAGCACGGCAAAACUGGGCCCAGAACUGGGGAUUCUUAUCAACACCCUUCGAGGAGCUGAUCAAGUGUGAAGAAGAACCAGCCACCCCAAAGCCCAAAAUCGAGCUUCCUGAGCGGUUCCGCAUCCGGCCAGUGACCCCAGUGGAGAACUACAUCAAGGUGCUGCCCUCCCCCCCAGUCCCAAAGACAACGCAGGGCUUCAUCGGCUGGCGGUCCGGGGUGCCGGGCCUGAACAAGUGUCUGGAGCAUGACGAUGAGAUCAGAAGCUGCAAAGGGGCGUAUGCCAAGGAGCUAAACUGGCCGAAACAAGGCAUACACUGAGUCCAGAUGGAAACCCUGGCCCCUGGGGCAAGGAAGGGCAGACCGCCAGCCCCAGUGCCCGUGCCCAGGAAAGGACAAGCUCCAGGCCUCCCCCUGAGAAUGGAGGCUCCCCCCAACACGUGUUCAUGGGAUGUUGUUGAAAAGAACACCAAACAGCCUUUAGACGUUUUCAUCAGUUCUUCCUUUCUGGAACAUUCUUGUAAUGCAUUCAUUCCUGGCUAAUGCAAUGAAUAAGGCAAAA